AUGGCUUUCUAUCUACUCUUUGCGAGUUUGUUGGCUGUGUUGGUCACAAUCAGUCACCUGGUGACGGCUGACCCCUGCAACCCAUUACUCGGCUCUUGCAUGCCCAUACCGGGUCUACCAAGCAAUUCUUACUCAAUUGACUUUACACAACAAACUGAAACAACUGGCGAUUGGAUCCUCGCUGAUCACGCCACCGUGACUUAUGGAGCUCCCAACGGAGCCAACUUCACCUUCGGCAAGCGGAAGGACGCCCCCUACAAAUGGACUCGUUUCUACGUAUUGUUUGGGCGCAUUGAGGUCGUUCUCAAAGCGGCUCCUGGUGCAGGAAUCAUCACUGGCGCGGUAAUGAUGUCUGACGAUCUUGAUGAGAUUGACUGGGAAUGGUCGGGCAAUAACUUUGCUCAGAACAAAGGUCAAGUUCAGACGAAUUUCUUUGGCAAAGGCAUUGCUGGCAACUAUGGUCGUGGUACAGCGCCACCUGUCGAUUCUCCACAAGACCAAUUCCAUUCCUAUGCCCUGGACUGGACACCCGAGUCUUUGACAUGGUCCAUCGAUGGCAAGAAUGUGCGCACCCUCAAUAAUAACCAUGAAACUUCUGGAGAAUGGCAAUAUCCACAAACCCCUUCACGGCUACACCUCGGUCUCUGGUGUUCAGGGGAUCCCGAAACCAAUAGUGGCGGCACAGUUGGCUGGGGUGGUGGCCUCACUGACUUCAGUAAACUUCCCUACAGUGCCUUCGUGAAGUCGGUCAAGAUUACCACUCCGAAUCCUUGUUCAAGCUGGAAAUACCCGAAUCGUUUCGAUGGCAUUUACAAAUCCGUUCAAUGCACGAAUGAAACCAUAUCUCUCCCUUGCACAUAUACUGUGGUGGCGGGUGAUGACGGGUACAAAAUCGCAAAGAACUUGACGCUCAAUUUCGAUACUCUAAAGGUUGGUAACCCCGGCGUGGACUGGGAUAAACUCCUUUUGGGCCAAGUAUUGAAGGUGCCUGGAGGCGUUUGUUCCACUUCAUCAACAACCUCCUUUACCAGCAGCACAUCCAUGAGUCUGCCAAACAGCUUGAUAACCUCCUCUUCCGCCACAUUUUCGAGCUCUUCUAGCUCGAACCCUUACAUGGGCUCCUCUUCCACCACUUCCGCCAGCCUUUCCAGCACAAAUUCAUAUACGAGCUCUUCUCCUGCCUCGUCUCAAAGCUCAUUGGCUACAAGCCCCACAUUCAUGAGAACAUCUUCAAAUAGUACGCCUUCAAUUUCUUCAACUCACACAUCAUCAAGUUCGCUAUCUAAGACAACGACAUUUUCGAGCACAUCAUCGAGUUUCUCCAUGACUCCUAGCUCGCAGUCUACCACCUCUAGCUCCAAGGCACCAACUACCACAAGCAGUGCGAGCACGAGCACUAGCGCAGGGGCCUCGAUGAAUGCUACCGCUACUUCUAGUGCACAGGCCUCCACAAGCUCACAGUACAAGGUGACCGCCGGUGAUUAUGGUUAUGCUAUUGCUCAGAAACUCGGUUGUUCUUUCGAUGCCCUGAAAAUGGCAAAUCCUGGAUUGGACUGGGACAAGCUGAACAUAGGACAAACGUUGAACGUGCCAUCAACUUCUCGCUCCACUUCGACAAGCGUUGUGUCAUCCACCAAAAGCGGAAGCUCUAGCACCUCCAGAUCCCCCACAAGUACGAUUGGGUCUACUUCUGGGUCGUCGUCCCUGUCCUCGAGUGGCAGUGGUAGCUCUAGCAGAAGUUCUUCGAGCUCGCAAGGUUUCGCUUCUUCUAGUGAUCAAGCUUCAACAACUACACGUGGGGCAGGUACGGGAAGCACUACAACAUCAUCAACAGCAAGUCCUAGCUCCUCCCCAUCAAGCGCACCUUCAACCACGAGCGGCACUUUUGCGUAUGGAAGCUCUACCACAUCUCAAGCAAACAUCGUUCAGCCGACUGUGGCGCCAAAUGCGACAACAACUACCUUGAAGUGCAAUGAGGAUAAUUGUAUGCGCAACGUGCUGGACAACAGAUAUCUCGGAUCCAGCUCGGGCUAUGCUUUUUGCACAAAUUACUUGAACACAACUUCCACUACACCCCUAGUGAUACCAACGUACUACAGCGGAUGUCAGGGCAACGCAAGCAGAGUCAGUAGUGCGUGUAGGUGCUUGAUUACUAACUAUGUCAACGCGAGUGGGAUUGUGACCAAGAUCGCAACCUCAGGGGCAGCUUCGUCGCGGAAACGAUCGAUCCUGAGGUGGGAGAGGCCAAGGUGGUGA